GGGGGUUACAGCAGUUAGCAUCACACUUCACCAGUGAAACUGCCAACGUCAGCUUUGUUAACAGGAAACAGCGGAUCGGUUUAUGUUAUACACCGUUGUGAAAGACAGCGUAGCAAAAGGAUACAACGUUUCUGUGAGCGCGGAGAGGAUGUCUGUCCCGGCAGGAGAGGGAUGAAGAUGACACCACUGUUGUGGCGACUUGUGUCAGUGUGGCUAGCUGUUGUCUAUUGUUGCUAUGUUGGUUGCGCAGAGCUGCAAGGAGAGGCCCAGAGCCCCGUGUCCCCAAAGGAGGUCAGCUCGGAAGAAGAGCCUCAGGAACACUUCCAUCAUCACGAGGUCGAGGAAAGCUUGGUCGUACCUGCCCCGCCUUUCCCUGAAAAUGAGCCACCAACAGAAGACGCUCGUGUCAAAGAGGAGCAGAUGCCACAAGAAGUGGGCCAAAAAGAAUACGAUAUGGCCUUUGAAGCAGACUCGUCUGCUGCUGAGGUAGAGCUGGAGGCAGACAAAGGAAUAUCACAACCUGAGCACAGCUCUGAAAGUCAGCAUAUAGAAAUCUCUGUCACUCAAGAUCAGGAGCAUGCCUCCCCGCCGCCUUCCCCCGACUCUGUCGCUGCAUUUGCUGCCGAAACUAACGACAGCCCCAGCAAAGUUAAUCUUCAAGACAGCAUCCCCAAGGGUGUCCUGGACAAUGCCUUAGAUGUAGCUGCUUCUGAGGUCAAUGAUUCUGACCUGCCUCCUGCUGAAUGUGAAGAAGAGAACAAUCCAUAUGACAGUGACAGCAGCCCUCCAGUUGUUCUGGAGAACACUUCCAAUGCUCACACUGCAGGUACUAAAGUUCACACUGAUGUUCCUCUGAGCUCUCCUGCUGGUCACGGUACGCAGCACCUGGAAGCCAACGUCUCGCACACACUCAAGGAGACGGACAUGAGCUCCCCUGGCACCACAGACACAGAUUCAAGUGUGAGCACCAAAGACCCCGAGGACAUCCCCACUUUUGAUGAGUGGAAACGCAAGAUGAUGGAGGUGGAGAAAGAAAAAACUCAGUCUACUCACACCUCCAACAACGUGGGUUCUCAUACAGUGAAGAAGGUCCAGAAGAACUUUAAUAACUACGCCUCAGUGGAGUGUGGGGCCAAGAUACUUGGCGCUAACCCAGAGGCUAAGAGCACUUCAGCCAUAUUGAAGGAGAAUAUGGAUUUAUACAUGCUAAACCCCUGCAGUAAUAAAAUCUGGUUCAUUAUUGAGCUCUGUGAGCCCAUCCAGGUGAAGCAGUUGGACAUCGCCAACUUUGAACUCUUCUCGUCUACACCUAAAGACUUUCUUGUGUCCAUUAGUGAUAGGUACCCAACAAAUAAAUGGCUAAAGCUGGGAACCUUUCACGCCAGGGAUGAACGUACAGUUCAGAGCUUCCCACUGGAUGAGCAUCUUUAUGCAAAAUAUGUAAAGAUGUUCACCAAGUACAUAAAGGUAGAGCUGGUCUCUCACUUUGGCUCUGAACAUUUCUGUCCACUUAGUCUCAUAAGGGUGUUUGGUACAAGCAUGGUGGAGGAAUAUGAGGAGAUAGCUGAUCCCUCAGAAAGGCCAGAUGAUCAGGACGACGACUUGGAUUAUCCCUCUGGAUCGGCACCUGGUGAGGCGAAAUUACCCAAGAAUCUAAUUGGAUCAGCAAAAGAUGCUAUUUUAAACAUGGUAAACAAUAUUGCUGUCAACGUUCUUGGAGGAGGCACAGAGAUGAAUGGCAGCCUUUCAUCCCAAGAAGUGAACAUAACUGAGCCAUCGGAGCCCCUUGAAUCCACCACUGAAACUACUAUUACUACUACUUCAGUUCCAGACUCUGAAGAGGUGCAGAUUUCACAAGACACUGAUAUCCCUGAAACUGUGGAAAACUCUGCCCUAGAGACAUCAACCACAUCUGAAAGUGUCAAACAAGAGCUCCCACCCGUGGAGGAAAAAAUAGUUCUUCCUUUAGAGAAGGAUGAGGAAGAACCUAUCAGCUCUACAAUCAUUCUUCUGGACAAGGAGGAUGACUUGGAAGAAGAGAAAAAGGAUCAUCACGAGAGACAACAGGAAAGCUUAAAGUACUGCCCCCCAGUUCCUUCACUUUCUUCUCCAUGCUCCUGUGCAGCUUCUCUUCUGGAGUAUUUCCAGCAGCAGUGUUCUGCCUCACUAUCCAAACACAGGGAAUGCCAAACAGUGGAAAGACAGCAAAUAAUUCCUUCUACCCAAACACCAUCUUGGCACCCGCCUACUCACUCAUCUGCCCAUCCUGAACCUCAGCAGCUCCCGAGUGAGCUGCAUCAGCUCCAAGACAAAGAACAAGCUUCUGAGCAGGAGCCAGAGAGUGAAGCUGUAGAAUCAGAGGUAUCACAGCCUCCUGGGAACACAGAAGAAUCUGUAUCUGGAUCUCCUCUGCUGGAGCCCAGUCAAACCAUGAAGCUCCCCAAACCCAGCGAUGCUGAUUCAUCUGCAGCCAAACCUACCCAUAUUGUGGAAACACCACAGCUGUCCACCUUGGAACCAGCAAAGGAGCCAGGGCCAGAGAACAGCCAGGAUGUGCUGGAGGAAGAAGAGCACAUCGAGCCUUCGGCUUCUCUCAGUAGCUCUGUCCCUGUAAAACCAAGCACCAGUGCCACAGCAGACGACAUAUCGGUGACACCCCCAGAGGAGAAGCUGGAGAUUGAUGUCACUCAAGUAGAAACAAAUGUCCUCAUUCAAACCCAAGACAAAACAGAUCAAUCUCCAGUCCCUGCACCCACAGGCUCCCCUCAUUUAGAGCAGCAGCCUGACUCAGCUGUUGUACCCGAAAGCAGCAUUGCUUCUUCUGAAGUAUCCCCCCCUGCUCCAGAACCUGCUACAGAACCUGAGCCUUCUGGCGGUCACGUAGCCAUCGCAGAUGCUAAAAUGGAGGAUUUUGCAGACGACAUCUCAACAUCUUCAAGUGGCAACGGUCAGCUGCUUCGCCCAUCCUCCCCAACCCCUUCUUCACCCACCUCCCUCUCGGACAUCUAUGCAGAGCCCCCUAAUGGCACAGAGCAGAACGGGAACCCGGUGCACAGCUCGAGCCAGAAAGAGUCGGUCUUCAUGAGACUCAACAACCGCAUUAAGGCCCUGGAGAUGAACAUGUCACUGAGCGGACGCUACCUGGAGCAGCUUAGCCAGAGGUAUCGAAAGCAGAUGGAAGAGAUGCAAAAGGCUUUCAACAAAACCAUCAUUAAACUGCAGAACACUUCCAGAAUUGCAGAGGAGCAGGACCAACGUCAGACUGAAUCCAUCCAGUUUCUGCAGGGCCAACUGGAGAAUGUGACUCAGCUGGUUCUCAACUUGUCUGUCAGAGUCAGCCAACUGCAGAAUGAGGUAUCAGACAGGCAGAAUUACCUGCUGCUGUCUCUCUUCUUGUGUCUGUCUCUCGGCCUUCUACUGUGUGCCAACCACUGUCGCCUCUCCACUGUACCUCCAACCACAGAACCAGAGCCACCCUCGCCUAAGAGCUACACCUACUGCUGUCCUGAAAGCAGACAGUUCUCCUGCUGUGAUGAACUGGGUUUGAAGAGGAGUGCAUCCUAUCCACUCAUAAACUCUGACUCAUUCCAGUUAGCCACCACUGAAGGCCCAGAAAUGCUGCAUGCAGAGGGAACAGAGAGUCUUUAUCCAGCAAACAGAAAGAGGAGACGUCGUAAGAUGAAACCCCUAGAAAAGGUGGAGACUCUGAAACCCUCCUUACAGUCUUCUCCUGAGCUGAUCAAUGGAGUGUGCAACGGAGCGCCUGUCACCACAAACCCCGUCCCCCUUACAAAAAAUUUACUUCAACCUACCUUUAGAGACUCACCGUCAGAGGGCAGCUCGGAGGGAUCUUCUCAUUCAGACGACCCCUCUUUCUGUGGCCUCACCACAGCCUGCUCUCGAAUCUGUGACGGCCUCCCUCCACCCAAGAGCCGGGCAGAGAAACGGGCAUGGCGACGCAGGCGUCCUAAGCCCAGCUGCACGGUGGUGGAUUUUCUUCACGCUCCUCGGAAGGACAAAAGUGAACCGUUGCCCAUUUCGACCAUAGAAGACAUCAUAAGGAGGAAAACAGAACCAAGCACUAAGACAUUUGUGGCGCUCUCAGGUCCCGUCUAACUCAAACAGUGACAAAAACUUCCCCCUCACCCACUGCUCAACUCUUUCUAAAAGAGGACAUCCGUUUACUUUUGUGGUCAAAGGCAGCUUUAAGCUUCAACGCAAGACAAUCUGUUCGCUGUUAAAGUUCAUUUUAUUUUCAUCGUCACUGUUCAGUUCUUAUCAUUUGCAUUUGUUUUACUUCAAAUCAAAAAAUGUCUUCCCAGCUUUCCAUUAAAGCUUUUUCCUCUUUUGGUUGUGAAU